AUGGCGAAACCAAGUGCUGCUGAUAAUAGGACUAGAAGCUCUGUGCAGAUCUUUAUAGUAGUUGGUCUGUGCUGUUUCUUUUAUAUAUUGGGAGCAUGGCAGAGAAGUGGUUUUGGAAAAGGAGAUAGCAUAGCAUUAGAGAUUACCAAGAAUAACGCAGAAUGUGACGUAGUUCCGAAUUUAAGUUUCGAUUCGCACCAUGCUGGAGAAGUUAGUCAAAUCGACGAAUCUGAUUCAAAGACAAAGGUUUUUAAACCUUGUGCGGCUCGUUAUACUGAUUACACUCCUUGUCAAGACCAACGGCGUGCUAUGACGUUUCCGAGAGAAAACAUGAACUAUAGAGAGAGACACUGUCCUCCGGAGGAAGAGAAGUUACAUUGUAUGAUCCCGGCGCCAAAAGGGUAUGUAACACCUUUUCCAUGGCCUAAGAGUAGGGAUUAUGUUCCUUAUGCGAAUGCGCCGUACAAGAGUCUCACAGUUGAGAAGGCUAUUCAGAAUUGGAUCCAAUACGAGGGAAAUGUGUUUAGAUUCCCUGGCGGUGGAACACAAUUUCCUCAAGGUGCAGAUAAAUAUAUCGAUCAACUUGCUUCUGUUGUACCUAUAGAUGAUGGGACUGUGAGGACGGCGCUGGACACCGGUUGUGGGGUUGCAAGUUGGGGUGCAUAUCUUUGGAGCAGAAAUGUUGUUGCCAUGUCGUUUGCACCGAGGGACUCUCAUGAAGCACAAGUACAAUUUGCUCUUGAAAGAGGUGUACCAGCCGUUAUUGGUGUUCUCGGAACUAUAAAGUUGCCAUAUCCAUCGAGAGCUUUCGAUAUGGCUCAUUGUUCUCGCUGUUUGAUUCCCUGGGGAGCAAAUGGUGGAAUAUAUAUGAUGGAAGUUGAUAGAGUUCUAAGACCCGGUGGUUAUUGGGUUCUUUCUGGUCCUCCAAUCAAUUGGAAAGUAAACUACAAACCAUGGCAGAGACCAAAGGAGGAACUUGAGGAAGAACAACGAAAGAUUGAAGAGGUUGCUAAGAAACUUUGCUGGGAGAAGAAGUCUGAGAAGGCUGAAACUGCCAUUUGGCAAAAGAUGACAGACUCUGAAUUAUGCCGUAGCAGACAAGAUGACUCCAAUGUUGAAUUUUGCGAAUCCUCUGAUCCUAAUGAUGUCUGGUAUAAGAAAAUGGAGGCCUGCGUUACUCCGACUCCUAAAGUUUCUGGGGGUGAGCUUAAACCAUUUCCAAACAGGCUAUAUGCAAUCCCUCCGAGAGUUUCUAGCGGCUCUAUUCCCGGAGUUUCUUCCGAGACAUACCAGGAUGAUAACAAAACAUGGAAAAAGCAUGUCAAUGCAUACAAGAAAAUCAAUUCACUGUUGGAUUCUGGUAGAUAUCGUAACAUUAUGGAUAUGAAUGCUGGUUUGGGUAGUUUUGCUGCAGCCAUUCAUUCGUCGAAGUCAUGGGUGAUGAAUGUUGUGCCAACUAUAGCCGAGAAAAGUACUCUCGGUGUGGUAUUUGAGCGAGGACUCAUUGGCAUCUAUCAUGAUUGGUGUGAAGCCUUUUCCACCUAUCCAAGGACAUACGAUCUCAUUCAUGCCAAUCGCCUCUUUAGUCUCUACCAAGAUAAAUGCAAUACAGAAGACAUUCUUCUGGAGAUGGACAGGAUUUUGCGACCAGAAGGUGCUGUCAUAAUCCGUGACGAAGUGGAUGUAUUAAUUAAGGUGAAGAAAUUAAUCGGGGGAAUGAGAUGGAAUUUUAAAUUGGUUGAUCAUGAAGAUGGACCUCUUGUUCCUGAGAAAGUACUAAUUGCUGUCAAACAGUAUUGGGUUACUGAUGGAAACUCAACAUCAACACAAUAG